UCUGUAGGCCGUAGGGAUCAAGUAGAAGCUUAUACAAUCUGACAACGAAUUGUUCGUUGGAGGAGGAAGGGGAGACGGAGAUAGCCAUGUCAGGAUCGCUAAUUCGACGCUUCACGCCAUUUUUUACUGCUCGAAUUCGACAGAACCAGAGGCUUCUGAGCUCGUCUUCUGCUGCUGUUCUUCACCAUGCCUCUCCCUCGUCUCCGUCUUCGUCGUUUUCUCGUGAGCCAGUUCAAAUGACUGAAAAUUGUAUACGAAGAAUGAAAGAAUUAGUAGCCAAUGAAUCAUCAGCAGAUGAGAAAAUGCUUCGUUUGAGUGUGGAAACUGGUGGGUGUUCUGGAUUCCAAUAUGUGUUCAAUCUAGAUGACAGAAUAAAUUCAGAUGACAGAGUUUUUGAGAGAGAAGGUAUUAAAUUAGUUGUUGAUAAUGUUUCCUAUGACUUUGUAAAAGGAGCAACCGUUGACUAUGUUGAAGAGCUAAUACGUUCAGCUUUUGUAGUGACGGAAAACCCAAGUGCAGUUGGUGGUUGUAGUUGCAAGAGUUCAUUCAUGGUAAAACUUUAGUUACUUUGCGAGUCCCUCCUGACUCCUCCCGCUGCUCAUAUGUUUUGAUGAUAUCGGUCCUAGUAUACUGUUUAUUAAGUCCCCUGAGACGCAUUUUUGUAUCUCCCUAGGGGAAACAAAUAACACGUUUAUUUAGUCUGAUUUAUUGAAUGUAUGAUGCGGAUAUGCCAAAAAUAAGAUCAAGCUGGCAAGUAAGAUAUAGGCUGCAUCAAGUUGGUAAUGGAUGUGUGGAAUGCAAGGUAAUGCUGACGCUUUAAGGAGCGUGUCCGUGUACACUAUACUGACGUAGCACUGGACAGCAUCCUGCAUAAUGUUUUGUCAUAUCCUUUCAUUUUUAUGAGACGCACAUUUGAAAAUCACGACUGAUGGUGAAAGAAAGGAAAUAAAAGGAAUAAUUUCUCGAACAGCUUGA